AAUACAUACUAGAAAAACAAGAAAGAGGAGAAUGCUAAGGCUGCCACUCUCACUUCCUCUCACCACUUAACUGCUUUGAAUACAGUAAUUGCUGGGGGCACCAGUGCUGAGGAGAAAAGAUACCUGUGUUUCACAGACUCGGCCCUGUCUGCUGAUUUUACAGCUAGAUAUGUUUUCGCGGGGCUGCUGCUGGUCACAGAAAAUGCCAGGAUGAUGCCUUCCUGGCGCCUAGCUGGGACUCUAAUGCCCACUAUGGCUUUCCUCUCCUGUCUCAGACCUGAAAGCUGGGAGCCCUGCAUUGAGGUGAUCCCCAAUGUGACAUACCAAUGCAUGGAGCAGAACCUCUCCAGAAUCCCUGACAACAUACCCUCCUCAACCAGAAACCUGGACCUGAGCUUUAACCCCCUGAAUACCCUAGAAAGUCAGAGCUUCUCCAAAUUUCCAGAACUUCAGGUGCUGGAUUUAUCCAGGCAUGGCCUCCGUCCGUGGCUCCCAGAACAUUUUCUGCCACAUCCACCAUCUUCUAAUCAGUUGUGUGAUAUUCGGGUGAUUGAAGAUGGUGCCUAUCAAGGUUUAGGCCAACUUUCUACCUUGAUAUUGACGGGAAACCCUAUCGAGAGUUUAGCCCCAGGAGCCUUUUCUGGACUUUCACAUUUGCAGAAGCUGGUGGCUGUGGAGACCAACAUUCUCUCUCUAAGGAACUUCCCUAUUGGAAAUCUCAGAGCCUUGAAGGAGCUCAAUGUGGCUCACAAUCUUAUCCAUUCCUUCAAGUUGCCUGAAUAUUUCUUAAACUUGACCAACCUGGAACACUUGGACUUUUCCGAUAACAAGAUUCAAAGUAUUCAUUACAAAGACUUACAGGUUCUACGUAAAAAGCCACUACGCAACCUCUCUUUAGAUCUUUCCCUGAACCCAAUUGAUAUCAUUCAUCCUGGUGCCUUUAAAGAAGUAAAACUCCAUAAAUUGACUUUAAGAAGUAAUUUUAAUAGUACACAUGUAAUGAGAACUUGUAUUCAAGGUCUGGCUGGUUUAGAAGUCUACCGGUUGGUUUUGGGAGAAUUUAAAAAUGAAAGGAACAUGGACAGUUUUGACAAAUCUGCCUUGGAUGGAUUGUGUAGUUUGACCAUUGAAGAAUUCCGGUUUGCAUAUUUAGAUGAAUUUUCUGGUGAUGUUACUGGCUUGUUUAAUUGUUUGGCAAAUGUUUCUGCAAUGUCUCUAGUGAAUCUGUAUGUUAAAAACCUAGAAAACCUUCCUGAAGAUUUCAAGUGGAAAUCCUUAGAAGUAGCAAGGUGUAAGUUUAGACAAUUUCCCCCUUUGGCACUCCCUUCUCUCAAAGAGUUGAAUUUUACAGAUAACAAAGGUGCAGUUAACAUGGUAGAUAUUGAACUACCAAAUCUGGAAAUUCUAGAUCUUAGUAGAAAUGGCUUGAGUCUCCGGCAUUGCUGUUCUUCUGACGAUUUUGGGACAACCAGACUCCGGCAUUUAGAUCUGAGCUUCAAUGGUGUUAUUCUCAUAAAUUCAAAUUUCAUAGGCUUAUGCCAGCUAGAGUAUCUAGAUUUUCAGCAUUCUGCUUUGAAACAUACCAAUCAGUUUACAGUAUUCUUAUGUCUCCACCAACUGCACUACCUUGACAUCUCGUAUACCCAUAUCCAAGUUGCCUUCGAUGGCAUCUUUGAUGGCUUGACCAAUCUGAAAGUUUUAAAAAUGGCUGGUAAUUCUUUCAAGGACAGCACCCUUCCAAAUAUCUUCAGAAACAUGACUAACUUAACCAUCCUGGACAUUUCUGAGUGUCAACUGACACAGGUAUCCAAGGGACCAUUUGACUCCCUUCCCAAUCUUCAGGUCCUAAAUCUGAGUCACAACCAUCUCGUGUAUUUGGAUCUGUUCCCUUAUGAACAUCUCCUCUCUCUCCAGGUCCUAGAUUAUAGUUUCAAUUAUAUCGUAGCUUCCAAACGGCAGACACUACAUUUCCCUAGUAACCUAACUCAUUUAAAUCUUACUCAGAAUAAUUUUGCUUGUAGUUGUGAACAUCAGAGUUUCUUGCAGUGGGUCAAGGAUCAGAGGGGACUCUUGGUGGAGGCCAAACAAAUGACAUGUGCAAAUCCUCCAGAUAUGCAGGGCAUGCCAGUGCUGAGUUUCAGAAAUACCACCUGUCAAAUAAACAAGACCACUAUUAGCCUGUCAGUGCUCAGUAUGCUCAUGGUAGCUAUUAUUGGACUUUUAGUCUACAAGUUCUAUUUUCACCUAAUGCUUCUUGCUGGCUGUAAAGAGUAUGGUAGAGGUGAAAUGGCCUAUGAUGCCUUUGUUAUCUAUUCCAGUCAGGAUGAGAACUGGGUGAGAAAUGAGUUGGUAAAGAACUUAGAAGAAGGAGUACCCCCCUUUCAACUCUGCCUUCACUAUAGGGACUUUAUUCCCGGUGUGGCCAUUGCUGCCAACAUUAUCCAGGAAGGCUUCCACAAAAGCCGGAAGGUGAUUGUUGUAGUGUCUCGGCACUUCAUCCAGAGCCGCUGGUGCAUUUUUGAAUAUGAGAUCGCUCAGACCUGGCAGUUUCUGAGCAGCCGCGCUGGCAUCAUCUUCAUCGUCCUGCAGAAGUUGGAGAAGUCCCUGCUCCGGCAGCAGGUGGAACUGUAUCGCCUUCUCAGUAGAAAUACUUACCUGGAGUGGGAGGACAGUAUGCUGGGGAGGCACAUCUUCUGGAGACGACUCAGGAAAGCUCUGCUGGAUGGAAAAACAUCACAACCGGAUGGGCUAGCAGAUGCAGAAAAUGUUCACCAAGAAGCCACGACUGCUAUCUAGACUGGAAGAAUAACUCCUGAGCCACUUCUCCACAUGGAUUCGAUGCUAAGGACCAAACGUCACAGACUGCCAGGUUAUCACUCUAAGAACUUGGGGUUGCUCAAGGUACAUAGGACUGGGAGUCUUGUGGUACUUGCAAUGCAGAUGGAAAAAAUACUAGGCAAAACCCAGAACUUGCUAGGUGUGAGUUCCAACCAAAUCCAUGAAAGAGUCCUGACUGUAGAAGUCCAUUGAACUACCCUAUCAAGUCCAAUCAGAACUAAGAAACUUGGGCCUGAUGGAAGAAGGUGAGCUUGUUUUUCCCCUAAGCAUUUUUGAAUGGGAACGGUAUGCUGGAUUACACUUCAAUUGUUUUAAGAGAGUUUUGGCAGUUUCAAAUGAACAGGGUGUUUGCUUGCUUUGAAUCCAAUUCAAUGACUCAGAUUGAUUUCUCAUUCAGGAUUCCUCUUCCAUUUCACGUCAGUUUCCUUAAUCUUCAAACUAAUCCCUAAAGAUGUCUGCUUAGUGCAUGCUGACUAGCAUCCUGGUGUCCUUCCAUAGUAUGUUGUAUUUAUUGAAGAAGAAUUCCUAAUUUAUUUUUAUUUUUACACCUCAAAUUCUCAUUUUUCCUCCCUUGUCCAUAAACUCACAUCAUAAAUAAAGGCUGACACAUGCUGGAAGCAUUCAUAUUGAACCACAAUUUUUCAAACAGAUAUGAAAAUUAUAGCAUCACCUUGUCACUUGAUGCCACUCUUAAGUUAUUACCUUGUGAGUUAUGACUGUCACAGAGGCAUGCAUGGAAAUGGUUGGGUUGAAAAGGACACUUCUUUUAAAGCCCAGGGAGAAAAGUUCUGCUUCCUAGUUUCACAAAGAGCUAUUUGUACUAGACACAAGGAGGAGGACAUGUCUUUUUGAUGAUUCCAGAAAUAUAGAUGAAGCUUCAUCUCAGGAUGGAGUACUGGAGGCCUUCAGUACUCCAUGGAGGGCAUCGUGGGUCCCUUUUCUUGCACUGUGCUGUACCCUUCCCUCAUCACCAGACUACUUUGUGAAAUGCAGUGGGGAGGGGCAUAUUGCUACUUCCCCUUGGGUGUCAGUUCCAGACCAAAUUUAUGUUAUCACUGAGAAAAUGAUGUCAUAGGGUUCAUGGUAAGCUGACUUCGGAGAAAAGCACAUUCCCCUUGCUUCCUUAGAAAUGGUACAGUAAAAGCUGUACGUAUUAUGGAAAGGCAUUGAUAUAUCACAGUAUACUAUUUAGAACAGUCAUUACACAAAUCAUACAUAUAGCCAUUGUAUGUGUGUGUACGUGCCUGAGUGUGUGUGUGUGUAUGUGUGUGUGUGUGUGUGUGUGUGUGUGUUAACGAGGAUAAAGAGAAAAUUGAGCUGUUACACUGUUGCUGGUGAGUAUCUAUAAUUCCUGCCCCCGGGGCAUGGAAGGCAGAAAGAACAUAAGCCAAGAACCAGACUAGGUGUCAUAGUGAGGCACUGCCUCAAAACAAAAUAAUAAAUCCAAAUUAAAGCAACUGCAUGAUCUACCAAUCCUACUCUGAGUUUAUACUCACAAAGAUAUGUACACUCCCAUGUGUACUGCAGCAAUAUUGUGUUCAGCACUUUGGGUAGAAAAUUAUUGAGAUUUCUUUUUUGUAACGAAAGGAACCCUGCCAUUUGUGGCAAUAGAUAAACCUACACAUCCUUAUGCUAAUUGAAAUAAAACAGUUAUAGAAGAAGAGGAUUUAUGGAAACUGCAGAUGGGGUGACAAGGAGGGAAAUAAAUUAUACGCACAUAAAUAUAAGAGAAAGGAAAAGGAAAGCCAGACUUAGGAUGGGCUCUUAGACCUUCUGGAUGGAGGGGAAAUAAAGAGUGGAAUGUAGAAAAAUUAAUGUUGGGUACCUUAACUGUGUGCAAUACCUUACAACUUGGAACAUAUUCAAACUACUGUAGACUCUUAUACACCAGGUGCGGUAGCAGAUCAGGUCUUAAUUUUCCAUGUUACUGAUGAAAAUUCAAUGAAGUAAAUUUAUUUUACAUUGGCCACAGAUUAAGCAAGUAGACAGAACUUCAAUGGUGCCUCCCGCCCACUCAGGAAAAUUCUCUUCCACUCUACCCCAUUGCUUCAAGCUUCAAGUUGGCAAAAUGAGAAGCGAAACCCCUGUAGCUCCCUCCGUGGUUCACAUUAAACAGGGCUUUUUUUUUUUUUCAACCUAAACCAUGAAUCAUUAAGCAAGUACAUAUGCAUGGAUGUAUUAUACAAUGAAUGGUUUAUUCAUAGCACAACUCUCUCCAUAAAGAAUCAAAGGAGCUUUGAACAAAGCAUAUGUAAGCAGUAAUGUUAACUAAUUAAUUAGAAGUAAAAACUUGGGCUACUGGACUCUUACAAAUUGAAGGAUGGGCUAGUACUUUGUUAGAACUCUGGGGGGAGGUGGAGAAAAUAUAACUAAGUGCAGUGGCUCAUGCCUGUAGCUUGUAAUUUUAGCUUCUCAGGAGGUGGAGAUAGGGAAGGUCAUGAUUGGAAGGCAGCCCAGGAAAGAACGGUAGUGAAAGCUCAUCUCAGUAAACACAGCUUGACACGCUGGUUCACUUUGUCAUCACGGUCUAUGUAAAAAUGUUUAAAUAGGAAAAUCCCAGUCCCAGCUAGGCAAGGCAAAACAUCUGAGAGAACCUGCACAAUAACUGAAGCGAGUCUUGCCCAGCAAGCACAAAACCCUGAGUUUAAACUUCUUUUUCUCAUCACUCAUUAU